UCCGCCCCCGAAGUUUGUUGUUGUCCUCGGCCUCCCGGACGAUUGUGGCGGUGGCAGUGGGAUCGGGUCUCCGCGCCACCAUGGCGGUGCGACAGGCGCUGGGCCGAGGCCUGCAACUGGGUCGGGCGCUGCUGCUGCGCUUCGCGGCCAAGCCCGGCCCGGUCUCGGGCUUGGGGAAGCCUGGCCCAGCGGCAGCCUGGGGCCGCGGAGAGCGCCCGGGCCGGGCCGCAGGCCCCAGAGCACAGCCAGGCCCGCUCGGGCUCCCCCUUCCCGACCGCUACCGCUUCUUCCGCCAGUCGGUGGCUGGGCUGGCGGCGCGGAUCCAGCGGCAGUUCGUGGUGCGGGCCCGGGGCGGCGCGGGCCCUUGCGGCCGAGCAGCCUUCCUGGCCUUCGGGCUGGGGCUGGGGUUGAUCGAGGAGAAGCAGGCGGAGGGCCGGCGGGCCGCCUCGGCCUGUCAGGAGAUCCAGGCAAUUUUUACACAGAAAAACAAGCUGGUGUCUGACCCACUGGACACGCGGUGCUGGCAGGGCUUCCGUCUGGAGGAUUACCUGAUAGGACAGUCCAUCGGCAAGGGCUGCAGCGCUGCUGUGUAUGAAGCCACCGUGCCCACACUGUCCCAGCACCUGGAGAAGGCCAAGUGCGUUGGCCUUCUAAGGAAAGGCCCAGACAUCCUCCCAAAGGGAGCAGAUGGGGAGCGGGCCCCCGCCUUUCCCUUUGCCAUCAAGAUGAUGUGGAAUAUCUCGGCAGGUUCCUCCAGUGAAGCCAUCUUAAGCACAAUGAGCCAGGAGCUGGUCCCAGCAAGCCGGAUGGCCUUGGAUGGAGAGUAUGGAGGAGUCACUUACAGACGAUCCAGAGGCGGUCCCAAGAAGCUCGCCCCACACCCCAACAUCAUCCGGGUUCUCCGAGCCUUCACUUCAUCUGUGCCCCUGCUGCCGGGGGCCCUGGCUGACUAUCCCGAUGUACUGCCACCGCGCCUCCACCCAGAAGGCCUGGGCCACAGUCGCACACUGUUCCUCGUAAUGAAGAACUACCCCUGCACCCUGCGCCAGUACCUUCAGGAGCACACUCCCAGCCCCCGCCUGGCUACCAUGAUGACCUUGCAGUUACUGGAGGGCGUGGACCACCUGGUUCAGCAGGGCAUUGCCCAUCGGGACCUCAAAUCUGACAACAUACUUGUGGAACUGGACUCAGACAGCUGCCCCUGGCUGGUGAUCUCGGAUUUUGGCUGCUGCCUGGCUGACGAGCGCAUCGGCCUGCAGUUGCCUUUCACUAGCUGGUAUGUGGACCUCGGUGGCAACGGUUCCCUGAUGGCCCCUGAGGUGUCCACAGCCCAUCCUGGCCCCAGGGCAGUAAUUGACUUCAGCAAGGCUGACACCUGGGCUGUGGGGGCCAUUGCCUAUGAAAUCUUUGGGCUUGCCAAUCCCUUCUAUGGCGAAGGCAGAGCCCACCUCGAGAGCCGCAGCUACCAGGAAGCUCAGCUGCCUGAGAUGCCCAAGUCGGUGCCUCCAGAUGCAAGACAGCUGGUGAGGUCACUGCUCCAGCGAGAGACCAGCAAGAGGCCUUCUGCACGUGUGGCUGCAAACGUGCUACACUUGAGCCUCUGGGGCGAGCAUCUUCUAGCCCUGAAGAAUCUGAAAUUGGACAAGAUGAUUGGCUGGCUCCUCCAGCAAUCAGCAGCCACUCUGCUGGCUGACAGGCUGAUGGAGAAGAGCUGCGUGGCAACAAAGCUGCAGAUGCUGUUUCUGGCUAACCUGGAGUGUGAGGCACUCUGCCAGGCAGCCCUCCUGCUCCGCUCCUGGAGGGCAGCCCUGUGAUGGCUCUGUGCUGCGCUGUUACUAAAAGACAGGGGCAUCUAUGUUGUGAUGUCAUGAUGGUGUGUGAAGGCCGAAGGAGGUGGCUUGGCUGGGUGGGUGGGAGUCAAGGGACAAGCUGAAGUGGGGCUGGUCAGCCAAAGAGGAAGCCUGAGGUUCAGCAAAUGGAAAGAGCAACCUUGAACAGUUGAGGCUGUAGACAUUUACUGGCUGUGCGGGUUUGAAUAAAUCCUGUGGCCCAUCCCACUGAAGUUCUCCCAUAGAAUCAGGAGUUGGCAAGCUGUAGAAGGCCAGACAGGAAGUUAAGUAGUGCAGUGACUCACCUGUCACCGAGGCAAAAGUACAAACAAAUAGUGUAGCAGGAUCAACACUGAAAUUUGGUUGUCAGUAAAUUCUUUUCAUUUUUUCCCAACCCCUUAGAAAUGCAAAAAACCGGCAAGGCAGUGGGGGGUGCACACCUUUAAAUCCCAGCACUUGGAGGCAGAGGCAGGCGGAUCUCUGUGAGUUUGAGGCCAGCCUGAUCUACAGAGUGAGUCCCAGAACAGCCAGGGCUACACAGAGAAAAUCUUGUCUCAAAAAACAAAAACAAAAACAAAAAAGAAAUGCCAAAGCCCAUGUUUAGUUAUGGCAGUGACAGGCCAGCAUGGCUCACAGACACAUUUCCCAAUCCCUAGGCUAGACGCAUUCACAGUGCCCAACUCUUAAGAAAUGCUCACUGAUCACUAAAGACAAAGUGUCCGUGCUAAAGACAGUGUGAGGCUGAGCCCUGUGCACACACUGGAAGUAGAAUGUUCUCCCCACCAGGGGAAAACCCCUCAGUGCCACUGCUGACCUGUCCUUGUCUGUCCUCAGUACACGAAUAGCUGUGGUGGCAGACAAGGACGGGCCUGGGAGGGAGGGGGUUAGACCUGCACUCCAUCACCGAGAUCCAAGACAAGACAGUGGGUGGCAGUUUGUGGUAUCGGUCCCUAGUGCCAGGAAUGGGCUAUUUGACAGAGGUGGCCACGGUGUUGCUUGGGACGUGCUGCCUAGGCCGCGAGCAACUUAGGUGCAGGACAUGUUCGUGUUCAGAGAUCAGCAGGAAAAACCGCCCUUUAAUGGCAGGGGUGUCUGCCAGGACGGUGCGAGGAAGGCCUGGAAAUGUGUUCCUUAGCGCCCCCCCAGUUGUGUCUGGAUUUACCUAGCACAGCUGAACCGGUCAGGGCAGCAGGAGCUAACAGUGCAGCCCAUUAGCUGGAUGGUUGUUUGGCCAGCGCUCCUCAUGGGAGCUGUAAACUAUUAAACGCAAAUCCACAUGCAGA